UGUCGAAUCCCAGCAGCCAGAAACAGACGUGUGUCGUUGCCCUGUGGCACUGUUUUAGUUCAGAUAAGGGACAGCUAACAGUCUGUGGCAAGAGAUUGGGACCAGAUCCUCCUCAGGUAUAGAGGGCGCUGCGGUGCCAUCUACAGUCUACGAGUCGCCUCAGAGCCAGUCUGUAAGCUCCACCUCCAUGGCUCGGCCAAAGUGGAUCCUGCUCCUCCUCCCCCCAUCUUCUCCCGGUUGGGGCCUGUUUGUUUUCUAAGCUUCGUGCUGACUUGGUUUUCUUUGGCCUUAAUUUUACGUCACAGGCACCGGGCUGGUAUUCACCCCUACCCUGCCUCCUUCCCCGCUGCCCUUCCGCCUCACGGCUAUGGAGUGAGCUGAAAGAUGGCGGGCGGCGGAGGGAGCCAGCUUCUGGAAGCCUUGGAUAGAUCUCAGUCAAAGAAAGAUGGAGGGUUUAGUAAUUGCGGUUUUUACAACUCUGAAGACAGCGAAGAUGAUACCGAAAAAGAUGAAGCAAAUCUGCUGAGUUUAGAUGAAAGUGAUGAUGUCGACUUACAAAUUACAGAACAAAAGCCCAAACACCAUAGAACUGGAACAGCCAGAGCUCUUGGAGAGACUAUUAGAACAUAUGAAAGAAGAGGCAGAACAUUGCACUUGAGAGCUUUGAAAGGCAAUGCUAUUGGAUUAAACAUGUUGGGAACCAGUAAAAAGCUUGGGGAAAAUGCUCAAAAUAUACCAGUCUCUAGUGGAACAAUGGUACACGGCAGAAUCUUCCAUCAUGCAAAUAUUCCAAGGUCUACUGUCAAGACUGCGGCACAAAGUCUGGAAAAGAGGGACAGGAAGGAAUACCCAGCCCAUGUGCAAAAGGUUGAAUCUGAUCCAGGAAGAGUACAUACUUCUCCAAGAUCAGAAAACAUGCAGGAAAGAAAAGAAGAACCUGACUUUGAAUCAUCUGAACCAGAGAAGAUAAAGAGAAAGGUUCAACAGAGACGACGUAGUAGUAUACAAGAGUCCGAUAUCUCUUUGUCUCACACUCCACAAAUGUGUUUAACCCACCAAGAGCUCAUGAGACAAACUGAGGAUCUGCAAUUUUGUGCUUUGUGUGUAAAAGAAAACAAAAAGACUAAAUGCCAAAGUAUUGGAGGUUCUCAAAGACUUUGCAAGCAGCCCAUUGCACUAAAUGAACUCUCUCCCUUAUCUCGGCCUUCUAUUCAUCAAAUUGAUGGAAGAACUGCCAACCUAGGAUUUAAAGUUAAAACCUUCUAUAGAUCGUCAUGUAACCAACAGACACCCAGUGACACUUUUUUGGAACACGAAUCCCCUAGAUUUCAGCAGUGUCCUGCAAAUGGGAAAUUUGGACUUGCUAAUGAAGGAAAUAUUAGUAAAGCUACAAAAAACAUGAGACUAAGAAGUACAGGACCGUCAGAACCUAAUGACCCAAUUGUACUGUCUAGUGAUGAUGAGGACAAUGCUAGCACUGGAAGCACAAACCGAAUAGAAAGCAUAUCGCCUCGGCCUGCUGAUUCUGCAUGCUCUUCACCUGCUCCCUCUUCAGGAAAAGUAGAAGCUGCCUUGAAGGAAAAUAGUUUUAUUUUGGAGCAAAAGUUUUGUAAUAGCAACACUGAUGCUGCAAAUACCACUGCAUUACCCCGAAAAGCAAAAAUGAAAGAUCAGUUUGGUAAUGCAGUCACCAGUACGCCUGUUAAAAGACGCAAAGUUUUGACUCUGGAGACACCACCUGAUCCUGCACUAGAACCCUAUCCAAACUGUGAAAGUCUUAUCCUGAACUGCCGAAGUGUACGGAUAGGGUCAUUUUAUAGAGAAGCAAUAGAGCACGUUGUGUUAUCUAUGGACUUUAUAGCGAUAAAAUGGGAAGUUCUUCCUGAAAAUGGUGGCUCUCAAGAACUAGUUCUAAAAACAUCUGAACUUACAAAGUCUGAGUGGUGUGCAGUUCGUAAGCUCCCUGUUGUCUUCUUUCAAACUGUACCUGCUGCUUGUCAAAGCCUACGAUCCCAUCUUAAAUUAAGUAGAGAAAAUGGUACUGGAUGGUAUGACUGCAGAGCAGCAAAUCUGGAAGAACAGUUCAUCGUUUUAAUCUUUGAAAAUGCUCCAGACAUGCAAGCAACUGCAGUGUUAGAAAAAAUUCUGUACACUAUAGGUAAAAAAAAUGGUAUGCCAAACUUUUUCAUUAAAAUUCCAUUUGAAGAUGCCAAUGGCAGGCUUGUUGCUUUUACAAAAAGCAGUGAAGACAUUCCAAUGCUGGGUUCAACACAGAAGGAGAACUUAAAGAAAAAUGUUGGAACAGAAACACGGAUGAAAUUAAGAAACUCUUCUCAGCUUCAAUUUUUUGGGGAUGAUGAAGGAGACACCCAUACAGUGUUUGUAGGGCCAGUUGAAAAGCUGUUUGUUUAUCCACCUCCUCCUGCUAAAGGUGGAAUCUCUGUGACUAAUGAAGAUCUCCAUUGUCUUAAUGAAGGGGAGUUUUUAAACGAUGUAAUAAUAGAUUUCUAUUUAAAGUAUUUGGUUCUUGAGAAGCUGAGAAAAGAUGCAGACAGAAUACAUAUUUUCAGUUCUUUUUUCUAUAAAAGACUUAAUCAAAGAGAAAGAAGAAACCUACAAGAUACUGCAAACUUAACAUUACAGCAGAGAAGACAUGGAAGAGUGAAAACAUGGACUCGACAUGUUGACAUUUUUCAAAAGGAUUUCAUAUUUGUUCCGCUUAACGAAGCUGCUCAUUGGUUUUUGGCUGUCAUUUGUUUCCCUGGAUUAGAAAAGCCUGAGCAUUACCCCAAUCCUUACUAUCAAGAAGUUUCUUCCCCGGCUCCAGUGGGAGAAGGAGAUAACACCAGUACUUCUCUUCCUCAGAAUACUUCAGAGACUACUUUAGAAGGUGGUUCUUCUAAAUCACCCCUAAAGAAAACACUCAGCACUGGGACAGAUGCUAUUGAUACUUUGGGAGCUAAGCGUAGUCACAGCUUAACAAGGCAUCGGUCAAGAAAAAGUGAUCAAGGGCAUCAAGAAGUAGACAUUUCUAUGAAAUCUGUAUUUUCAGACUCUGAAACAUGCACUGAUGAUAUAAAUGGAACAACAAAUGAGUGUAAAACACCAGUAAAACCAACAGAUGGUUUGCACAGAAUUCAGAUAAGCUAUAGAGAGACAGAAGAUGAUGCUAAGAAAUCUGAAGAUGAAUUCAUAGAUUUCUCUGAUGAUCAGGAUAAUACGGACGAAUGCAGUGAUGACGCAGGGCUUGCAGAUGAAAAUUAUACUUCAGAAGCUGGAAACUGGCAUCGGAAGCAAUUCUUCUGCAAGCAGCCAUGUAUACUUUUGAUGGAUUCUCUGAAAGGUCCUUCUCGUUCCACUGUGGUCAAAACACUACGAGAGUAUCUCGAGGUGGAAUGGGAAGUCAGAAAAGGAAGUAAAAGAAGUUUUUCCAAAGAUUUCAUGAAAGGUUCCAGUCCCAGAGUGCCUCAACAAAAUAACUUUAGUGACUGUGGUGUUUAUAUAUUGCAGUACGUGGAAAGCUUUUUUGAGAAUCCUAUUCAGAGUUUUGAUCUGCCUAUGAAUUUAAUGGAUUGGUUCCCUCAACAAAGAAUGAAAACAAAGCGUGAAGAAAUCCGCAACCUUAUCCUUACUCUUCAGGGACUCCAAAGCAAAGACAAGAAAGGGAACAAGGACCUCAGCACAACACAACAUGCUACACAGGAGAAACCAGAGCCGGGUAUCAGCAGUGGCUCAGACUGAGAAUUGCACCUCAGUGAUCAGGCAACUAAAUGGACUGCCAUUUGCAGAUUGCAAUGCCUACUCUAAAUGACUUAUGCACUGCUCACAGGUCUCUGAGACGGGCAGUGCUAAUUUAAAUGUCAUUAAAAACAAUCGCUUUCCAGUGCGUUAAAGUGUAUGAAGUGAAACAGGUCUGUACAUAUAGCAAUGAGGCCAUUUUUUCCUGUAUUUAUAAUACUUCGUUAAUCCUUCACCCCCUAUUGUUAGCAACGAUUUAUGUACUUUCCCAAUACUUAACUAACGGCUUCAAGAACUAUAAGUAAAAUAAAAAGAAAAUAUUUAUAGGAUCACA